UUUCUUCCGUGACUGCCAGCCCAUUAGGGUCAGCAUACAGCAGCAGUCUCCUUUGUUCCUUCUGUAAACUUUCCACUUUAGAAUCCCCAGGAGAGUGGCCAGCAGUCACCAAGGCAGGUUCUCUCCUGUCGUGUGGUAAUGAAACUGGCAGGCUGGCGGCUUCCUCCUAGUUGCCAUGGAAAUCACCAGGGCUGCUGGCCCUCUGAAAACAGAAAACAGCAAGGGCGAGGGCCCGCAGUCCACCCCGCCCUGCAGAUUAAACCAGUCUCAAGCCAGAGCCAAGGAUUGAGCAGAGGUCUGUGGAGUGGAGAAGUGAGCCUCACACUGGAACUCCGAGGUGUGAGUCCCAGUGAACUGGCUCAUGCGGAGGGAACACAAAGACAUGCUGGCACACACUGAAACAAGAAUGGCACCACCUUCUGGGCCCAGCCUCCUUCUGAUCAGCACACUGAGCAUCUUUACACUCAACAGCUUCACGAGAGGUCAGAAGAACAGCACACUGAUUUUCACCAAGGAAAACACCAUUCGGAAUUGCAGCUGCUCUGCAGACAUCCGGGACUGUGACUACAGUUUGGCCAACCUGAUGUGCAGCUGCAAAACCAUACUGCCUUUUACAGGAGAGCGAGCCAGCUACAGUGGCCACCUGACCAUCUGGUUCACAGACACCUCUGCACUGGGCCUCCUGCUGAACUUCACGCUGGUCCAGGACCUGAAGCUGUCUCUGUGCAGCACCAAUACUCUGCCCACUGAAUACCUGGCUAUCUGUGGGUUGAGGAGGCUUCGCAUUAACACUGAGGCCAAGCAGUCCUCGCUGGAGCAGAGCUUGCUCCUCUACAGCAGUGGGGAGAAUGAACCCAGAGAAAAGCCCAUGUUGUUACACAAAGACUGGCAAACAUGUAUGUAUAUCUCUUUUUUAGAUAUGGCGCUUUUCAACAGGGAAUCGUCCUUAAAAUCAUAUAGUAUUGAAAAUGUGGCCAGCAUUGCCAACAAAUUUCCCUCCUUUUUUUACUUUAACACCUUCCCAGUUCUAAGCAACAAAAACUAUGUUGUCACAUUCAUUUACUGACAUUAUAACUUCAUCCAGCCACCACAAACUUUGACACACUAUGGAUGACUUGAACAGGAAUCUGGGAUUAUAAGGCCAAUGGUAUCUCCCUACCCACAGCUUCGCUUGUUCCCCUGCCCCCAUUCACAAACAAAUAACCAGCCCUCUGCUUCACUCUCUGCCCAACCCUGGGAGCUGUUUUGAACACAAAAUAAAAAGAAACCAAAACCAACUUGAGUCCAGAAAUAUGUCUUAAGGUCCUUGCUGCUGGGGUCUGUGGAGAAAUGCCAGGUCAGAGAUGAUGGAGAAAGCAGAACACACCAGGAAUGGCUUAGUAGAAUUCGGCAUAGGGAAUGACCCCAAGAAGACUAUCAUCCUUCAAAACAGGGCCUAAACUUGUUUCUGUGUCAUUUUAUUAUAUUGACUGGAAUUCCCCUAGGUAGAGAACAAUAGAUUUCAGAGGUUCCCGGUCUGUGAGUUCCACAAAAUGAUGAGGUUCUCCUAGAGUGAUAUUUUCCAGGUAUUUUGCUAAGAACAGAUGCACUGAGAAAGGGGAGUUUUGAGAGUGUGUUUGUGGGGGACAGGGUUGAAGCUUGGAGGCAGACCAGGCCUGGAUAGGGUGGGACCUCAGGCUAAAUAGGUCACUAGGAUGGGGAUACAGAAAUGAAAAUUGGGGGAAACAAAAACCAACUACAUAAGUUCAACUUUUUGCUAAGAGCAACGCCUAAACCUAGGGAAAAUCUGUCUUUUCCGGCCUUUCUCCAUCAUGCCUUCUUUCUUCCCCUUCUUCCACCUUUGUCCCUGCUGAACCCCGUUUCUCCUUUCAUUGUUCUCAUCCCUCUCUUCCUCUUUCUCCUCCUGCUCCGGAGAUCAGAACUUAGAUUAAUACCAUGACAACUAUGUUUGACUACAUUAGGGGCUAGUCCAGGAAUCUAACAAUCACUUGCAAUAUUAUUCCUAGGAGUAAAAAUGCUCAUAUUACUAAAAGACAAUUCACAAAAGAACUUUUAGGGCCCAGUCCAUUUGGAAGUUUAAUUCUGGAAAGUGAAAAUACUUUGUGUGACAUGGUUAACACAAAAUGGUUUUGUGUGUGUUAAUAAAAGGAACCAAGACAACAUGUUUUUUAAAAAAAUUAAACUGACAUGAGUGUCCAAAGAAAACUUUUCCUCACAGAGAUUCAACUCACCAUUGAAGUAGACUAUAAAGAAUCCAUGGCAAUUAUGGUAGACAUGUCUAAACCCAGAGUGCAAAGAAGUAGAAACAUUAUUGCAUUCACAAUACCAUGAGGAAAAGAAAUAACUUUAUUAUGAAAUAACAGGUGUCUUGGAGUUGAUGACUUCAGAUCACCUUCACCCCAUUUUUCUCUUAACAUUAACAUAGGAUAACUGAUAUAAUAUGAAAUGUCUACAUUUGCCUAAUUGGUGGGGGACUUGGACACUCAGGUGAAUUAAUUAGCAUGAGUUCAUAAUGUCAGUGUUGAAAUUAGGCCAAAACUAAGACAGACGUAUGUAUUUUAAUAGAAAAAUGCAGUGACCUCAUUACUGACAUUGUACUUGAGAGGUAAGAUUUAAGUGAUAGAAAAAGACAAGGGAAAAAAGGAGGAAAGACAGCAAGAAGGAUAUAAGUGAAAAGAUUAAUAAUGAAUUCACUGUUGUUAAUGAAAAUGCAAAAAUUGAAUUUCAAUGGACUUCUAUGAAGAAAGUAUAAGAUUAAAUGAUAUUAGGAAUUAUGAGCAUCUUAAUAUGUAUAUUUUCUAUUUGGUGGCUUUGAAUAGUUUCAAUGUUCUUUCUCAUAUGUUUUAUGUUUUAAGUGGUCCUUAUAAGAAAUAAUUGUAGAUAAAUGGGACUUAAAUCAGUAGACUAGGAAAGUUAGUUUAGUUACAAAUCAAGCCUUAAUUUUGCAAAUUUCUGGACUGAAAAUGUAGUUCAGUUUGCAUUAACAGGAUAAAUAAGAAGCAGAGAAAAUCCACAGCACACACAUGAGGAAACUGCAUUUGGGGCUCAUACACAGGGCUGGGGGAUGUUGGCAAACAGAGUGUACCUCUCACCUGAAGGGGCCCAGUAGUUCAGCUCCCAUUGAGUGCUGCCAUGAGAGAAUAUGAAGGGGCCAGAUCCCACCCUUCAAAAGAAUUAGGAAUUGCCCACAUUCAGGUUAAAUUCACAUCUGGUAAACAUUGCACACCACUCCACAUUUUUCUGUUUGUUGCUUUCAAAAACUCUGUGUGUCAAACAAACCAUGUUAGUGGUUCCCAUUAAGCCUGCAGUUAGCCAUUCAUUCCCCCUGACUAGUGAUGUGCUGGUAAGAAUUUAACCACCAGCUCUCCAAAAAAAAAAGUGCAUAGAUGAACAUGUACAUAGGUUUAUUAUAAAUUCUACUGAUAUAAAAGAUGUGUAGCACACAAUUUACAAAUGAUAAUAAACUAUAUAAUACUAUGUAUUAUAAGCUCUACAUACACAAUUAAUUCUCAAAGACUGCGUGCGUUAGUUGAUCUUUGCCUAACUCUUGCAUCCAAAGCCAACCCAAGUUUGUGCUUGAUGAGUGAAUUUGCUUCUGGCAGGAAUGUUGGUUGAUAUUUCAUUUGCAUUAGUAGUAAGAGGAAAAUUAAACAACAAAGAUGUAGUGGGAACAUCAUUUGUUAGUUAAUGAUAUAAGCAACUCCUUUGCUGAAGCAAAUAAUAGUUUUCAAAUCCUGGAGAGAUAUUUCCUCAAUUUGGGGAACUAUUCACAAUGUAAGGGCUAUAGACACAAUACAUUUUUAGUUCAUUCUACAUUGUUAAGAUUUUUCCCAUCACACUCAACAAAACAAUAAACCAAAGCUUGAUA